AUGCCGCCGGCUCCUCCCCCUCCUCCAGUCCCUCCCUCUCCUCCCUCUUUCAGAAGGGACAAAACCCAAGCUUCCCAGUGCCGCGCUGCAUGCCGGGAGAGGGCGUCUAGGCGCCAAACAACCGGGGCACCCCAGGCGCAUGCGCUGGGUGACGUCGGCGCCAGUGGGCAUGGCUGCGAACGGCGAAGAGGCGGCGGCGAGCGGGAGAGGAGGCGCGAGAGGAGCGGCCCGGUUCGAGACGAAAGAUGGCGGCUGAGCAUGACCGGGGGCCGCGGAGAAGCGGCCGGCUGUGAGAGAGAAAGGCGAGGCGAGGCGCCGCCGGGAAGCCGCUGCUCCUGUUGCCGGUGGCGGCGAGGCCCAGGAGAAGGAAGCGGAGGAGGAGGAGGAGGAGGCGGAGGAGGAGGAGGCCCCAGGCGGAGGAAAGGGGAGCCGCGGCCUGAGGGGGCUCCAGCCCAGCCGGAGGCCGUGGGCUGCUGGGCUCCCCGCACCAUGUUCUCGGUCCUCUCCUAUGGCAGACUGGUGGCCCGCGCCGUCCUGGGGGGCCUCUCUCAGACCGACUCCCGCGACUACAGCCUGGUGACGGCCAGCUGUGGCUUCGGCAAGGACUUCCGCAAGGGCAUCCUCAAGAAGGGCAUGUGCUACGGCGACGAUGCCUGCUUCGUGGCCCGACACCGCUCCGCCGACGUCCUGGGUGAGUGGGCCGGGACUUCUCCCCUUUUCCCCUUGCUUGGAGUCUCUUGCCUCGGAGCUUAGUAGGCGACAGAUACUGCCAACUAUGGUUGCAUCCACA